AUGUAUGAAGCUGCCCUGGAUCCUGAUAGAGAGCACCCCAAAGAUCAGGUGAAAAUGGACACAGACGCUGUUACUCCUCAGAGCAACAAUGUCUCCCGGCUACACAAGUCGUCUCUAUUCAAAGCAGAGGGCAGAAUACGAUGGUCCGAAAGCGUUGGUCCAUAUCCGAAGCCGUCAUUCAUAGCUGCAGUCAGGCAGAAAACUUCCGGCGUUUUGAAGCAGGUUCUGCGAUGGCCCCAUAUCGGAGUUCUGAACUGGUUGGCACACAAAGAGUCGAAAGAGGGAACGAAAGUUGCGGUUUCCAAACCCCCAACUGUCGAGGACGACUCAUUGUCCUCGAUCCCUGGUUUGACUGGACAGCACAUGGCUCCCGAGAUCGAUCAGCAGACACAGGCCUCCGGUGAGAGUGAAUUGCAUCCCUUUCAGAGAGCCCGACCAGAUGUGGCAGCUCCGAACUUGGCCCGCCAAAUGAAACCUACCAUUCAAUCCUUAAGCCCCUUCGAGCGCCAGAACAACCUUCGGAUUUUGGCCUAG